AUGGCCUCCCUCAGUUCUCUGCCAGUCGAGCUCGUCUUGCGGAUCUACGACUUCCUCGACCCAGGCUCCCAUCUGGACUUCUCUCUCAUCUCGAAAUAUCUGGCACAUUGCUCUCAAGAUCUGCUGAAGCAUCACCGGCAUUGCUAUGCCCAAUAUCGUAUGCUACAAGCCUCAACCCACGACGGCACGCUGCAGGCUCUGCUCCAGACACUCGUCAAAGAUGAGAUUGCAGCCUGGCAUGUACGACGUCUCGAGUUGACCCACGUCCUCGAGACUAAAUGGUCUGCCUCCCCAACAACAGCCGCUAGUCAAGAUGGCCUGGAAAAGACAGCGGAGAAGGAUCGACUGUGGACUGACAGAGUAUGGGCGACCAUAGCCAGCCGGGCCCAGUAUUCCUCAGAAGCUUACGAAUCUCUCGCGCAAAUAGCCUCCAUCGAAGUCGAAGCAAGCGCUCUACUUCACAAGCAAUUCAUCCCGCUCAUAGGACUAUGUCCCAAACUCCGCGCGUUGCAGACAGUCCCAGAACGCGGUCGGUCUUACCAGGUGGACGACUACCCUGAAGACUCAGACAGACCCGUCGCGGCCUUGAGCCUUACUUUGCUAUCCCUCGCCAUGAUCGAAGACCAUGGAAGCGCAACCAUCUGGCCCGGCGCCCUGAGAGGACUGCGCAGAGUCUCCAUCGCCGACCAUCGUGCCAACGUGCACAGCUAUUCUCCAAGUACCAUCCUGCCUUUCUUCAUGCUUCCAGCGAUCGAGACGGUGCAUCUAUCCACCAUCGCCUGGGAUACCGCGCAGCAGAAGCUCGAAUGCCAGAGGAUGUUCUGGCCUGAGGACCGCAAAAGCGGAUCGACGGUUCAGAACAUCAUCUUCGAACACGUCAAUGGAAGGUGCGUUUCGGAGUUCAUCGAUCACCUGCUCCGCUACACGCCACAGUUGUCGACCGCCGUCUUCAACGGCUGCAAUUUCCCUGGCGUCGAUAAGGUCGUCCGGAAGCUGGGACGACGCAAGCUAGAGACGCUCAUCUUCCGUGGCGAUGCAGGGUCAGUGGCGAACAAUGGGUGGAGCUUUACCUGGGACUGCCUGGAGGCGCUCAACGAUGUGCGAGUACUCACUGUCGACAUGCUGGCCACGAUUGCCUCCAGUACGCGACGAAGCGAGAUCGAACAGCGCUAUAAAGACGAGACUCAGGAGCAAUUCUUCGACCGUUUCGUCAACUCCGUACCAAAGACGGUGGAGGUGCUCAUUAUCCAGGAAGCAGGACCGCAACGAUUGAACGACGACGAGAUGGAGAAGGUGGCCGAGGCGCUGGUUCGUCUGGUGAAAGCAGGACGAUGCCCGAAGCUCACCACAAUUUAUGCUGACAACUUUGAGUUCGCUAUGCGCCGGCAGCGGUGUGCCUGGGGGAGAUACACAGAUGGCGGAUGGCUUCGGACGGCGAAAGAAACUAUCAAGCAACAUGGUGUUACUAUGUAUAACCAAGACGACGCUGGUACGACGGAUGCGUAUCUGGAGGCGCUGUUGCAAGACAUGUAG